UGGAGCGCGAGUUGGCUCCGCGUCUUCUCGGGGGCCUCUCGCCUCCUGCGCCCUCACUCCCACAGUCCUGAGGAGCCGCCAUCCCGCACGUCCCAGUCCUGAGGAGCCGCCAUCCCGCACCCCUCACACAGCCCUGAGGAGCCGCCGCCCCGCACCCGCCGUAGCCCAGAGGAGCCGCCAUCCCGAACCUCCCAGUCCUCCCACAGCCCUGGGAAGCUCCACAGCCUCGGGGCCGGGAGACCCUGGGCUGGUGCCCUGAACACACCAAACCUCUCAGACAUCUGAGGUUGGGGAUGGACUGGAUGAUCUCCGGAGGUGCCUUCCAACCCUAGUGAUUCUGUGAUCCUAUGGGCUUAACACACAAACUGCACCAGUGUUAGUUACAUAAAAUAAGUCUUGAUGGGGCUGAAGGUUUAAACUCUUCAUCUCUGGCUGUGGCUGUACGCCUGUCCUGGCCAUAAAGGUGUUCAUGGAGUUUGUUUUCAUUUUAGCCACAAAUAAGAUGGCAGGAUCUGGUAACAUGUCAGAGGGGUUGUCCUAGGCAACCUUCAUUGGUUUAAUUCUGAGAUUGAUAGUUAUUUUCAUACAGAGGUCGGUUUAGCCACCCUGAGAGAGCUACUGACAAAACCAGUGAGUGGGGGGACCAUAAGCACUUUGCUGUCUGAAUUAGAAUGAGUUUCCACUUGUGUAUUGGCAAGAAGAAAGCAUGUAGAUUAAUCAAGGUAUGUCGACUAACUUUUGAAUUACAGUUCUCUCCCUAAUCUGCAAACCUGAUAGAAGAGAACUCCAUGUGAGGUAUCCUCAUGUAGAUGUUGUGUGGACGGCUGUGAAGGGAGUUCAAACAACUCCUUGCAGUUGAGGCAAGGCAUGAGUGUCUAGUCAGUCCUCAAGUCUCAGCUGGUAAUCAGUAAUUAAAUAAAAAACAUCCAGUGCUGAAUCACUUUUAAGAAGGUGCUGGUUUUUAUACAGCUCAUCUUAAUCCCAUCAUGCCAAAGGCAAAGGAAUUGCAGCUAUCACUCGAGCCAAGACAAGCUGUAAUUAGCACAGAGGAUAUUGUUAAUAGUUAAGUAUAGUUUGCUGUCAGACGGUGUCUAGGCUGAUUCAAGUCUUUAUCCAGUAUGUUUUGGUUUUACACUGCAGAAGGAUACGUAGAGAAUUCAGCCUGUAAAUUUAGAUAAAAUUGGGAUCCUGGUGCAACAGAAGACAGACUACAGCUAUGUAAGCAGGACUAGAGUAAAACCUCUUAUUCUAUCACUUUGUAAUUAUUAAAUUGAAGAGUUUGGACUGCUUUCCCUGCCUGUCUUCUACAGCUCUGCUUAAUGAGCUGUAGGAAGCAAGAAGAGUGGGAGUGACAAGGGAACAGCGACUUCUCUGGGUUUUUAAAGCCGCUGGUUUGCUUCUUUUCUCUUGGAGUGAGGGAGGAAGGACCUCCUGAAGAUGCUUUCUGCUGGGAGCCGUUGUGCAGUUGACUUUAUUGCUAUAGAUUUAUGAGGUAUCACCCGAGAUAAUUUGUUUUCUAUUGUGCAUUCCUGGCGUGGCUGGAGUGCCGUGCAGUGGGUGUGGGAGCGUGCCUAAGGAGGCAGGGCAAAUUCACUUCAAGUCACUGGAACCAACCUAAUAAAGUGUAUUAAUCACUGCCUGGCUUUCAUCACAAGGAGCUGACGUAUGAGGAAGGAAUGUGAUAAACAAUUUGAUUUCAGAUAAAGGUAGGGAGAGAGGCAGGCUCUUCGUGCCAGCUCUAACACAAGUUUGUAGAGCUAUUUUAGUCACAAGUUCUGUACAACCUGUGAUUCAGACCCGAUCAAGCUAUUCAUGGCACGUUCAGUUUCUGUGAGGUUGAAAGACAGGUUGGGUUUCCUAAUCUCUGAGCAGUUGGGGAAGUUGAUUGGGAGGCCAUUUUUUUUCAUUUAUUUGUUUUGGUGUAGAAAUUCCAUCACUUAAGUCCACCAUGAACUAUAAUGAGAUUCUAUCAUGAUGCUUCUUUCCCAUCUCGACACUUCUGACAGUUUAAGUGGGAUGGUAUUCCAGACAACCCUCCUGGGGGUUCAUAGAAUACUUGCAAGAAGAAAGCAUAGAAAAUUUCUGUCAGCAUAUGUUGACUGUACUGAUGAGCCACCUAAACUUUUAUUGUAUAGUUCAGGGCUUAUGCUGAUUUUAUGUUUAACACAAACUAUUCUUUGUUUAUACUGUCAGUGCCAGCUCAGAGGAGUGGUUGUUGGAUUCACUAGAUUGUAAUCAGAUCUUUGAUUUGCACUAUUUCACACAAAAUAUUCCCAUAAAUUAAACAUAGUGUGGGGAGGGAUGAUUACCAGCAAUAUACCCAAGUAAUUUGGGACACCAAGGUGAGAGAAACCACUGAAUAAUUUCUGAUUUUCUUACCUCUGCAGACAUUUUUGCCUUUUAUUCUGGAUGGGAAUGGUGACUUUCAUCUGGCUCCAAAAUCAGACCUUCAAAGGAGGAUGUGCUGCAGGUACACCAGCUCUCGUGUCCAUGGUGGAUCACCACUGCCAUUUCCAGUGCUCCAGGCCCCAGCCAGUUUCAAGAUGAGGAUUGCCUGGAAGGUGUCUAGAAAGCCAGCAGAAGGCAGCCCAUUCCCGAGGAACAGUACCUGCCUGCAGAAGCGAGAAGGAGAAGCCAACAGACUCCCUGACUGGGAACCAUGUCGGUCAAACUCACCUUUGUGUCCCCUGGUGAUGGGGGUGGGAUCAGCAGGAGCUGCUCCUUCACUGGGUUCAGCACUGUGCAAAGCAGAAAACUGGCAAAGUCUCUCAGCAGAAGCUCAGUGAGAUCAAGGAUGUCUCUGAAACCCCCCAAGGCUUAUAAUUCCCUGCAGAAGGGGGCACUGAUCUGGGAUCCAAAGCCACUGCAGGUGAAGAAAAUUUUUGAAGCUUUGAAGAAAGGACUUAAUGAAUACCUGGAAGCACAUCAGGCUGAAUUAGAUUAUCUCUCUGGUCGACACAAAGAUACAAAAAGGAACUCCAGAUUGGCUUUCUACUAUGACCUGGACAAGCAAAUCCGCUCUGUGGAGAGAUACAUCAGAAAGCUGGAAUUUCACAUAAGCAAGGUAGAAGAACUCUAUGAAGCUUAUUGUAUCCAGUGCAGGCUGCGAGAUGGGGCCACUAACAUGAAACAUGCCUUUUCCCUGUCCCCUUCCACCAAAGCCUCCAGAGAGAGUCUAGUGGAGCUUUACAAGAACUUCCAAGAGUGCACAGAGGACAUGUGCUUCAUAGAGGGGGCCUUGGAGGUCCACUUGGGAGAGUUCCACGUGAAGAUGAAAGGGCUGGUGGGCUUUGCACGUCUCUGCCCGGGGGACCAGUAUGAGGUGUUUGUGCGACUGGGGCGCCAGAAAUGGAGGUUGAAAGGCAAGAUCGAGACCGAUGACAGCCAGACAUGGGAUGAGGAGGAGAAGAUUUUUAUACCCAAUCUCCACGAGAAGUUUGAAAUUAAGGUGACAGAGCUGCGAGGACUGGCCACUAUUCUAGUUGGUGUCGUGACAUGUGACAGCAUCAACUUCUUUACAACCAAGCCUCAGGCCAUCAUUGUGGACAUCACUGAACUGGGCACCAUCAAGCUGCAGCUGGAGGUCCUCUGGAACCCCUUUGACACAGAGAACCUGUUUUUGUCACCUGGAAGCACUGCCAAGUUUUCUGUGGGUAGCAGGAAGAGCUCGUUGUACAACUGGACCCCCCCAAACACCCCCAGCUUCAGAGAGAAAUACUACCUGUCUCUUUUGCAGCUGAGGCAGAACCAGGGGGAUGUAAGUGAUGAAGCCCAGCCCCCCAGCAUUCUGAGCUACUUGGCUGCCUGUGAUUUUGAUGACCAUGGGAGGAGCAAAGCUCACAAUCCUGCCGAGACCAGUGAGGGAGACUCGUUCAGCUCUGAGGACCAGAAAGGGGCAGAAUCCCGAAGUACAACUCCAGCUCUGGACCACAGGCCAUUGGUGAUUAUUCAAGAAACUGGUGCAGAAGAGCACCAGCACCCUCUCCCAGAUCACACAACUCUGGAUAUCCUGAAGAAGACUCCAUGUGGGGAUGGAUUUCCAAGUAACCCCUCCAGUCUUCCGAAUCGCCACAAGGGCAGGAGGGAUUCUGUGAGCCAGCCCAGGACUCGGCCCCUGGCAGAGCAGGAGGACAGCAGCCAGAAAAGCUGGAAUGCUGCAAGUGACCCGAGACUGGAUGGACAUACAAAGUCUAUUGACAAGACUCUCCAAGAAGUGUUGAAUUUGCUGAAAUCACACGAUGUGGGGCAAGCCCAGCUGGAGAAAUUGGAAUACCAGGUUUCGUCUCUGAGGGAUAAAUUAAAGCAAAAGACACUUCAUCACAAACACUCAUCUAUGGAGAGUUUAAUGGUGGAGACAGUCCUGGAAAGCUUUGACUUCCUAAACGCUGACUGCAGUGCUGACGAGCUCUCGCUGUUUGGGAGCAUCAGGACAGCCAGUGUCAGCACAUACAAUGACAACACACUGAAGUCCCUGAGCUGUGACACGAGACCAGAAACUCAAGAUGUCACUACUGGUGAUGACAACUUAGACACGCUGUUGAUAACUCACCUGAAGCUGUGCAAAGGUCUUCUGGAGAAACUGAGGUCACCAAACGUAGCCCAGGUUGUCCAGGAGAGCAUUUUGGAAGAAGUAUCGGAGCAGACUCGAGUGCUGGGGGAUGUCCUGGAUAUGUCUGUUGAAGAAAUUAUUCAGAAGACUAAGAAGAAGAAGCACUAUCUGAAGAUGUGGAGUGACCUUGCAGAGCCUGGCAGCAUCUUGUUGGCUUCAGCAGAAAGGUUCCGUCAUGCCCUGAAAUACACGAUGAUGCUCAGAGUGAAGGAAAAGUACCCCAGGCAGCUGGAAGCAGUGCUGCAGAGGCUGCUGGAGCAGAUCCUCACCUGUGAUGGGUUGCUCCCCACUCCAAACCUCCAAACAGAACCAGUUACUUUAUUCCAGUUUUAUAGCUACCUGGACAAGCACCACAUUGCCAGCCUGGAGAAACAUUUGGGAAAACUUGCCAAGGAAGUGAUGCUGAUCGAGGAGCUGCAGUGCCCCGGGAGGCUGAAGACGCUGAAGAAGCUGAAGGGGAAGCGGCUGAACAAGCUGCAGCCGCUCCCGCAGACGCUGCGGCUGCUCGGGGAGCUGCAGCUGGACGAGAACCACCGAGUGAGCAAAGCGGCCACGUCCUGCCUGUGCCGCGCCGCCGCCAGCAGGAGCCUCAGGGCCAAGGCUGUGUUGUUUUACACUGAUGCUUUAUCUGACUGUGAUGCAAGACUUCAGCAAGCUGCAUGUUUGGCUCUUAAGAACCUCAGGGCUGUGGAGAGCAUUGAGCAGGUUGCCCACCUGUGCCAGUCUGAGACAGAGGAAGUCAGGAAUGCAGCCAGGGAAACAACGCUGUCCUUUGGGGAAAAGGGCCGCCAAGCCUUCGAGAAAAUGGACAGGAUCUGCUGUGAACUGAGGGAAACUGCCCAGCACGAGGCCGAGAUUGAAAUCACAGUGUUUUAGGAGUGCAACGGGAGGAGCUGCAUCCCCCUGUCCUCACGGCCACACGGGGACCUGAGGGAUGGCUUUGGUCAUCCCUGCUGUCUGUGCUGCAUCCUGCCCCAGGACAGGCUCAUUUCCAAAGGGCACAGUUUGCAGUCUCCACAAUUCAGGCUGGAACACAUUUUCUCACCAUCUCUCAGCACGUGAUCAAAUACCAAGUGCCUGGAUGAAUGAAAGCUGGGAUCUCUUGGAAUGUGGCACCAGGUUGUCGCUGGAGUUAAAAUCUCCAUCUUGCUGGAAUUAGCUGCCCCUGCUCAAACUGUAAAUCCAAUAUGAUUUAUUUUCCCAUGAAGUGUUUUAUUAAUUUGGCAUUUCCCGAGGGAGAAAUGAAUCACUCUCCAACAGUCCCUCUGGAAGGCAGCAGACAACAGCCUUUUACACCAACUAGCAGAACAGAUCCAGCAGCAUUGCUCAGUGGGUUCUUUUGCCUGGACAAUUUAGUUGCAGAAGGAAAACUUGUUACUUCCAAAGUCUUCAGCCUGGUUGCAGCUUAGGCCACGUUCCAGCAGGGACAGACAGCGUGUGGGAGGAGUGUGUGUGCUCAGCAGCAGGGUCUGUGUUGGGUUUGCCAGGUGCAGGUCUGACUGAGGGAGGGACAGGUUUGGGUUGGUUUUAAAUUUUGAGUUUAGUCAUAGAUCAAGACUUCUCAUAAUCAUCCACCUGGUGUCAGGCCCUUCCUCAGCCCCUGGCUGGCAGGGCAGGGUGGCCGUGGAGAGAAGCCUGGCCUCAGGUACAAUACUUGAAAGGGUUGGGCUUGUGUGUACAUAUUUUUAUAUAUGUAUAUAUAUGUGUAUAAAACGUUUCUAUUCAGUAUUUAUUUGUUGGAUUUCAUACUGUUUUCUGAAGUUCUAAUAAACCAUUGAGCCAAGUU